GAUGGCAGGUGUGUCAUUCAUAUGUUUUGAUUUUUUACAUAAAUAAUACGUUAUAAAAAUAUCAAAUGUUUCAUAAUCUAUUGAAAAAAAUAGUAAAUAUAGUAGUGACAGCGUGACUGUGUAAUGUGUUUGUGACACAACUGAAGCACUAGCAGUGGAGUACCUACGCGGCGCGGAGUAUGCUAGGUGGUAGUGGAGACCGGGCGCAGUAAGAUGCCUUGCGAGAGCUGCGCGGUGCAGUUCAGCGUGUUCAAGCGGAAGCGGGCGUGCUGUGAGUGUGAGCGCUACUACUGCAGCAGCUGCCUGCGGCGCGGCGGCGGCACCAUGUGCGCGCCCUGCCGGGUGCUGUCCACCAGGCCGCUGUCGCGACAGGAUAUCGCACAACUGAAGGUGCGCGACCUGCAGUGCUUCCUGAAAAGACAGAAUGUCUCAACUCGGGGCUGUGUUGAAAAGGAGGAGCUGUUGAACCUGUGCGUGUCUCACGUGAACAGCGCCGCGUACCGGCGGCGGGGCUCGCGAGCCGGCUCCAGCCCCUUCAGCUCGCUCAAGGGACUCACAAACAACAUCAAUGACUUCAUUAACUCCGCCUUCGACCUGCGAAACAACACGCACCCGGCGCCGCCGCCGCCCCCCAGAGGAUACGCUAGCAACUGUUUCAAUUCGGCUCACGUGCAUGACACGAAUAGCGAUACUCCUGUUAACUCCCAGCACCAUGCAGAGAGAUUUACGACUAGACCAGUGUCCGCCCUCCGCAGCAAUGAUGUGUGGUCCCGGGCAGGUGGGGAGCCGGACAUCCAGGUGUCGGUGCCGCAGUCGUCAGGCUCGGGCUCGCGCAGCGCCUCCGCCGACAGCGGCCGCGUCGACACCGCCGACUGCUACGAGAUAGAGGACCUGGACGACGCCGGCUGGGAGUUCAUCAACAGGCCCGCCGACCCGCUGCCCAACGACUCGGAGGUGUUGCUGAGCGCGUCGGAGAGCUUCCCGCGGCGCGCGCGCCUGGCGGCCGCCGCGUCCGAGCUGGAGCUGCGCGCGGCGCCCGCGCCCGCCAGCCCCGCGCGCAGUCUGCAGGACGAGCCGCUGGGCGCGCCCGCGCAGGGCCCGCCCGCGCCCCACGCGCUGCCCGCAGACGCCUGGCCUGCCGACGACCACCACUUGCACUACACGACACAGGACACUCCGCAACAUAUAAACCUCGAACAGUUCGGUCAGAUAAGUGACCUGGACAUGCUGAACGUCAAGCAGCUCAAAGAAUUACUGAUCCGUAACCGAGUGGAGUUCCGUGGCUGUCUGGAAAGGAAGGACUUGUUGGAGAGGGCCAAGACGUUGUGGAGAAACCACGCUCAGUACAAAGAUGACUUGGAUAACCUUCCGAUCGAGGAGUGCUGCAAGAUAUGCAUGGCGGCGCCGCUGGAGUGCGUGCUGCUGGAGUGCGGCCACAUCGCGGCCUGCACCCGCUGCAGCAAGCAGCUGGCGGAGUGUCCCAUCUGCCGCCAGUACGUGGUGCGGGCUGUGCGCGUGUUCCGCUCCUGACUGCCGCCGCUGUGCUUUAUAUACACCCUUAUUUUUAUGAAUUCAUAGAAACGAACAUUUUUUAUUGGUGUCAUGUUAUUUGACUUAAUCGAAGACUAGACGUAGGGGAGACUUGUAAUCCUUCCAAAAAAUACUAGUAAAUUAGUCGGCAGUCGUUGUUCUUUAUGAUUUAAAGAUCAAAGAUAUUGAUAUUCAUGAGAUCGCGCGAAUACGUGUCCCUUGCAAGUGUAUAGACGCACGUCGUGCGUGGGGGCCUCGCGUCGCGGCUGCGAUGUGCGGUCUCGAUAGUUGUGAACAUCCGAUACGGAUCGUAACACUCUCAAACAUUCUGUCGCAGCGGUGCGCGUUGUAUAUUAUCUGUGAAUGUACAUUUAUGCUUGUCAUAAACAGUAUACCCGAGUGGCCCUACUGCAUGUCACAGUAUAUGCCAAAAGUACAGAACUGAUCAUGUAAAUAUUAUAACUACAAAUAUUUUUAUCACUUAUUUUUUAUAUGAUUCUGAAGUAUGAUUGCAUGUUAUAGGUCAUAGACCGCUAUGUAUUUGGAAUCGUUAUGUAUUGCAGUAUAUUUAAUUAACAAUGAAUUAUCAGGCAAAACACUGAAUGUUUCACGAAUACUAUUUCCUACAUUACCCAAUUAAAUUCGACUUCCAUAUUUCAACUUCUUCAGUGAACCGAUUUAUUUUAUAUUUUACGCGAUUGCUGUAUUCACAUUAAAUUAAUAAUUAGUUUUAUUUAAGGCUGUGAGCCGCUUUGUAGCUAUGUUUUGAUACCUUGCACGCCGAAUUCAUAUCACAUAUUUCCCGUUAUAAUUGUCUUCCAUACUAUUUCUGAUAGACAAAGACUUGAACACUGCUUGAUAAAAAAUCAAUUUGUUUAGCGAUGGCAAAUGUUAACAGAAUGAACUGCAUAAAAAUGUUAUUUUCAAUGCGUUCGUUGGUUACGUUAGGUGUAUAAAAUUAUAAUUGGUUAGAGUUAGUUCGAAAUUGUAAUUCAAUACUUGAGUACAGUUGGUCACACAGAUACUAUCUAAUAAAAUCGUUGUUAGCAUACUUUAAGUACGCUCAUCAGCUGAUAUACAAUUUAAAAUUACGCAUUACCAUUAUUUUAAAUAAGAAUUAACGUAACUUCACAUUGCGUACAGGGUUCAUGGCAUUCAGAAAUUUUGGCGACGCCUCUUCGCUUACCAUGUAGGGCCGACUGUACUUAAGGGAGAUAAGUAUUUUAUUUAUUAUAAAUUUGUUAGUGUAUGCUAGCAGAACGCGGCUGUGUAAUGCUUCAAGUGUUAUUUGUAGUGCGUUGUUUAGUUUUAGCUUGUCUGUGGAAACUUGCCGGGAGCACGAGUCUGCUAGGUGUUGUGUAUUAUACAUCGUCAGUGUUACAACACUGCUUUUUCCGUUAUUAUUACAUUUGCAAGUCAAUUAAAAGAAAAAUAAUAAAAGUCAUAAAAAAGUAUUUCUUUUGCAAACUCAAUAUAAAAAUUGCAACUUCAAAUCAUGAUAAACUAAGGCAAAAUGCAUGUGAUAAAAAUUUUUUUUUUCACUUUUCCUUUUUUAGUCCCGUUCGAUGAAACUGACUUCUGUUUAGGUGUGUGUGAUACCUGUAUAUAUCUCUAUUUAAACGUGACUAGUCGCAGACAACAUAUACUAUUUGUAAUGUUACAUCUUACUUAUUCAGUAAAUUCAUGUAUGCUUUGUAAUAUUCUACAUAAUUAUAUGUUACAUAAUAUAAUCCAUCAUGUUUUCUCUAGCCAUAGCAAACAUUUCCAAGUUGCUAUAAAAUUGUUCACUAAAAUAUCUUUCCUCUCUUUAAUAACGUCUUAAUUAAAUAAAAGUGCAAUGUUCUCGCCUGGUAAUCCUUCGGUUUUGCAUUAUAAGCUGAAAAUAUAUCGGAAAUAAUCUGUCAGACAAGUGUGGAGGUGUAUUCCGUAGCUAUGUACCCUAGAGCUGCGCUAAGGAGCCGCUGUCCGCGAGGGGUCGCGCAGCUCCGUACUGUAUAUAAUAUAUUCUUUAUUUUUGUAUGUGUCCGCGCGGCGGCUGCCCCUACAUACAGAGGCCGCGCAGCCCGCGUCGGCCGCAACGCCUGCCUCCAAUAUCGUAAGGCGAGAAAAUAACUUUUGUAAAUUAUGUUCUUUCCAUAAUCAUUAAGUAAGAUUCUUUUUUAAAUAUUUCGUAUCAAAUGAUAAUGUUAUGGUAGAUAAAAAAGCCCGCGUAAGCUUUCUCUGAUCCAUAUUAGAGAAAACUGAAAAGUACAGGGUAAUACCGAUUUCGACAAAAAUGUUCACAUUGUUAUGUAAAAUUUGAUUUAUUUAAUAUUUCUUAACAAACAAGUACAAUGGCGGACCUGAUGCCAGAGGCAGUCGCUACCAGUCAACCAAGUACUUGUUAAAGAGACAAAAUACUUUUGGAUUUACAACUCGUGUCUACUUACCUGUCUAGUAGUAUGCAUUAAACUUUUUUCACAAUAUAUUAUUUUAUUGCGUUCCUUAUAUAAUAAUAAUAAAUUUAUGCUAGUGGACAGGCGUUGUGCCGUGCGGUGAAUAUUUCGUAAAUAAUAAUUGAUAAAACAUGUUCCGUGUAAAUAAAUACGAACUGCAAUCAUUUCAAUAAAAUUGUAACACAUAGAUAAGUUGAAUACACGGUGAAACCUU